UUCUUUUUGAUUCUAUAAAUCAUAAAACCAACCUACCUUCACAAACUUCAAUUAAUCUCACUUUUUGAUUCUCCAUACUAAAACCAAACAUGGUUGUAACACAGUUAUUAAAGUGUUUUGUUCUAUUGUUUUUCACCUUUGUCUUCAAUUUGUUAACCACUCCUGCUUAUGCCCUCAACAUAGGUGCUGAAACCACUGGAGUAGCUGUUUCUGUUAGCAAAGAGUGUAGCAGACAAUGUGAGUCAAGUUUCUGCUCAGUGCCUCCAUUGUUGAGAUAUGGAAAGUAUUGUGGACUUUUGUAUAGUGGAUGCCCUGGUGAAAAACCUUGUGAUGGCCUUGAUGCAUGUUGUAUGAGCCAUGAUCAAUGUGUCACAGCCAAAAAUAAUGACUACUUGAGUCAACAGUGCAGCCAAACAUUCAUAGAUUGCAUGGAGAAAUUUAAGAACACAAAGGCACCUACAUUCAAAGGAAACACAUGCCAAGCAGAUGAUGUUAUUGAAGUAAUCAAGGUAGUCAUGGAAGCUGCUUUACUAGCUGGAAGAGUUUUACACAAGCCCUAAACAACAGUAAAUCUUAAAACUAAUCAAGUUUAAUUGACACAUGAACAAUGUUUUCUUAUUUUUCUUCCUAUUGUUUUUGGUUAUCCACUGACCAAAAAUCAAACUAUAAUGCUUUAUUUAUUCAUAAAGGAAGAAUGCUAUCAAUGUAUUCUAUUCAUGUUUUUGUAUUACUCAUCAAUUCUAAAUGG